UCUGAACUUCCGGUGAAAGUUGGCAAAACAAAAGUAGCUUUGCAAGACGAUUUGACUCGUGGACCAAACAAUAACAAAUGUCGUUGCAUAAAACGAGAAGAGAAUAUGGAUUCUGAUCGAAGAAAUCAGUUGUCUCAAUCAGACCUUGAUAAUGCAGACGAUUAUGAAUCGACUCCGUCGAUCCGUGAAUCAUCUCAACAUACAGAGUCCUUUGAUGACACCCGAGUUGGAGCUCCUGAUGGGGGGAAAUGGCAGACGAGAAGAAACCUGGUUGGAUUCUGGAUUCUAGGUCUGUGUAACAAUUUUGCGUAUGUGGUCAUGCUGAGCGCUGCACAUGACAUACUGAAAGAACAACAGACGGCAGAUUCUGGUCACGAUUUUAAUAUCACCACAACGACAGUUGCACCAAACCCUAACAAGACCCAGUUUUUGCAGUGCAAUAAAAUAGGAACUGGGGCUAUAUUGUUGGCAGACAUUGUUCCUGCUCUAAUCAUCAAGUUAUCAGCUCCACUGUUUGUUGAAUAUCUUAGCUACAGAUUUAAAAUAAUCCUUGUUACAUUGUUCAAUGCAGCCAGCUUCAUUAUCGUGGCCUUGAGUCAUGAUGUCUCGCUCAGUCUGUUUGGUGUGGUGUGUGCCAGUGUUAGUUCUGGAAUGGGCGAGAUUACCUUCCUUGCAUACUCAUCGUUUUUCCCCAGAAAUGUUGUGUCCACAUGGUCUUCAGGAACCGGAGGAGCAGGGAUUUUUGGCUCUCUUGUCUACGCAGGAUUCACAGCGAUCGGAUUCAGUCCCAGAAACAGUGUCCUCGUCCAAGUGAUUGUGCCGGUCAUUAUGUUACUAUGUUUUCUGUUUAUGCUGCGUAAACCUGAACCGGUGAUAUCUGAAGACAGUGACAGUGUUGUGCUUCUUCAUGAAGAUAAACAAAAGAAUCAUACAGAAGCAAAACUGACCGUGAGACAAAAGUUGCAGCUUGUCCUGCCGUUAUUGAAGUAUAUUUUACCCCUGCUGACAGUGUAUUUUGCAGAAUACUUCAUUAAUCAAGGCUUGCUAGAGUUACUUUAUUUCAACAAUACAUGGCUAACCCCAGCAGCCCAGUAUAGAUGGUACCAGGUAGCUUAUCAGCUUGGUGUGUUCAUAUCAAGGUCUUCCGUCAAUUUGGUCCAGUUUAAUAAACUGUGGAUAUUAACUGUGCUGCAGUUUGUCAAUAUGAUCUUGCUGCUGGUCCAGGUGUUCUAUCAUUUUAUUCCGAGCAUGUGGAUCCUCAUCCCCAUCAUUCUGUAUGAGGGCUUACUUGGAGGUGCAGCGUACGUCAACACAUUCUACAAGAUGUCUGUUGAGGUUCCUGCAGAGCACCUGGAGUUCAGUAUGGGAGUGGUGUCCAUUUCCGACACGCUGGGAGUCUCGCUGGUUGGGCUUGUCGCCAUACCCACUCACGAUCAUAUCUGUAGUCUGAAAAUCAGAAUGUCAGGAUAAUAUCGUCUUAAAAUCAGAAUAUAAGGAUCAGUCCCCUUUGGGCUAUUUCUCCUUUCAGCCAGUGCGCCACAACUGGUGUAACAAAGGCCUGUCUGUUGCUAAUCGGAAAGGUUAGCUCAUUGCGUUGUGACAGCAUGUUUCCUCUCUAAUUUAUGUACGCCACAAUAAAACCAUGUAUAAAAUACAUGUAUGUUGAGUGAGUCGUAAAUAAAUAAUUUCUUCCUUCUUGAUAAUAUGCAGUGGCAUAUCUAGCACUGAAAUUGCGCCCCUGUCCAAACAUCUGACACCCAUCUUUAGAUAACCUCUGACUUUAAUAGAAACUGCUCAGUGGCACCUCUUGAUACCUGCUUUACCCUAGGUAUGCCAUUGAUAACAUGGUAUCAUAAGUGUGUGUAUUUUGUGAGAGAAGAGACAGAAAUAAACAAAGAUGAGAGAAUGGCAGAUGCAAAUAGGUGACAGAGAUGCAAAGAGAGAGAUAGAUGGAAUUCACAAGAACAAACCGAUUGUCAGAUGUUCAAGCCUCGGAAUUCAGAUCAUCUUGCAAUGGCAAUUCAGUACAACUGUUAACUAGAUAUUGAUAAAAAUGCUGUUGCAGAUCAAUUUUUCAUUAGCUUUUUAUGACGGCACUGUGGAUUGUUACUGUCACAAAUUUAGAGGGGUGGAUGUUAGGAUUUAUACUUAUCGGAACAUUCUAUAAGAAACAAUCUUGCUAAAGUACGAAUCAAAAACUACAUAUUAUGUUGAACAUUCUAUAAGAAACGAUCUUGCUAAAGUACUAAUCAAAAACUACAUAUGUUGAACAUUCUAUAAGAAAUCAUCUUGCUAAAGUACUAAUCAAAAACUACAUAUUAUGUUGAACAUUCUAUAAGAAACGAUCUUGCUAAAGUACUAAUCAAAAACUACAUAUGUUGAACAUUCUAUAAGAAACGAUCUUGCUAAAGUACUAAUCAAAAACUACAUAUUAUGUUGAACAUUCUAUAAGAAAUCAUCUUGCUAAAGUACUAAUCAAAAACUACAUAUUAUGUUGAACAUUCUAUAAGAAACGAUCUUGCUAAAGUACUAAUCAAAAACUACAUAUUAUGUUGAACAUUCUAUAAGAAAGAAACUAUCUUGCUAAAGUACUAAUCAAAAACUACAUAUUAUGUUGUACAUUCUAUAAGAAACGAUCUUGCUAAAGUACUAAACAAAAACUACAUAUUAUGUUGUACAUUCUAUAAGAAACGAUCUUGCUAAAGUACUAAUCAAAAACUACAUAUUAUGUUGAACAUUCUAUAAGAAAGAAACUAUCUUGCUAAAGUACUAAACAAAAACUACAUAUUAUGUUGUACAUUCUAUAAGAAACGAUCUUGCUAAAGUACUAAUCAAAAACUACAUAUUAUGUUGAACAUUCUAUAAGAAAGAAACUAUCUUGCUAAAGUACUAAUCAAAAACUACAUAUUAUGUUGUACAUUCUAUAAGAAAUGAUCUUGCUAAAGUACUCAUAAAAAAACUACAUAUUA